AUGAAGGCUGUUACCGCUGUCCUCGCCCUCGUGGCUGCCGUUCAGGCUCACUACACUUUCCCAGCGCUGGUUGCAAACGGCGGUGCUACAAGCAAGUGGGAGUACGUGAGGAAGACGACCAACUACCAGAGCAAUGGACCAGUGACCGACGUCAGCUCUGAUCAGUUCCGCUGCUACCAACUCGCCGCAGGCAACGAGGGCGCCAAGACGAUGACCGUAGCUGCCGGCUCCACCGUCGGCUUCACGGCCGACGCAUCCGUCUCACACCCGGGGACCCUACAGUUCUACAUGGCGAAGGUGCCCGCAGGCCAGAAAGCGGAUUCGUGGGAUGGCUCAGGCGCAGUAUGGUUCAAGAUCUUCUCGCAGGGCCCGAACAUCUCGCCCAGCGGUCUGACCUGGCCCAGCCAGGGCGCCAAGGAGGUCACGACCAAGAUCCCGUCGUGCAUCCCCGCCGGCGACUACCUGCUCCGCGUCGAGCACAUCGCCCUUCACUCCGCGGGCUCGGUCGGCGGUGCUCAGACGUACAUCUCGUGCGCGCAGCUCACUGUUACUGGCGGCGGCAGCAAGACCCCGACGAACCUUGUCUCGUUCCCUGGCGCUUACAAGGCUACCGAUCCUGGUCUAUUAAUCAACAUCUACUACCCGGUACCUACUUCUUACACCGCCCCUGGACCUGCUGUGUUCACCUGUUAA